GCGAGGGGUGUGUGCAGCGGUGGGCGGGGCUAAGGACGCGUCAAUCAGCGGCGCUACAAUAGCACGUGCGGCGGUCAUGGUCACAGAGCGGCGCGGCGGAGUCGACGCGACUGCGGGCUGCCGAUAGGAGAGAGGGCGAGCGCUCACCGUCACCUUAUCCAUCCACCGCUCCUCCUUCACUACAACCGCAACCGCCUCUGCAACCCGAUCGCCCUUUAAUAAUGCACGGGGAGGUGAAGCGAAUACCAGCGGCCGGGCUCUGAGUGAUGUAUCGCGCCGGUUACUACAGCGCCGCACCGGAGAGACCGAACCUGUAGCUGUGUGAUCCGCGGAGAAAAUGUCACACUAUCAUUUCAUCAAAUGCUGUUGUUUUCAGCUAUGUAACGUGUUCAGGCAGAACAUGGAGAUAGACCAGUGUCUGCUGGAGUCUCUGCCGUUGGGCCAGCGUCAGAGGCUGGUCAGACGCAUGCGUUGCGAGCAGCUGCGGGUCUACUACGAGCGAGAGCGAACGCUACAGAAGCAGAGCUUCCCUAAACCCCGCUCCACCAACCGCAAAAAACAAAGAAUCAGCUUCACGCUUUCAGACGUCAUCCAGGACGCUAUCAUACGACACGAUGACAAAGAAGUGCUGAGGCUGCUGAAGGAGGGAGCUGACCUGAACACAGUGAUUUCCUCAGGAGGAUCUCUGCUCCAUCUGUGCGCCCGCCAUGACAAUGUGUUCGCAGCAGAGAUUUUGAUAGAGAAAGGACUGAAUGUCAACCUGCAGGAUGAAGACCUCUGGACUGCCCUGCAUGUGGCCUGUGCCUGUGAUCACGCAGAUAUGGUGCUGCUGCUGCUUCUGGCUGGAGUCAACGUGCUGCUGCAGGAUGUGAACGGGAACAUCCCACUCGACUACGCCACGGAGGGGACGGAAACCAGCUACAUCCUCAUCAGACACCUGGAGGAGAAUGGAGUGGACAUGAGCUCUAUGCACCAGAUGAAGACCCAGCGCUCGUGCACCAUGUUGUCUGACGUGAGGCAGCUGGUCAGCAGCGGGGGCAGCGUCAAUCAACAAAAUGAUGACGGGGUCACGCUGCUACACAUCGCCAGUGCCAGCGGUUAUAAGGAGGUGGUGUCUAUGCUGCUGGAGAGCGGGGCGGACGUCCAGGUGUCUGACAACAGCUUCUGGACACCAUUACACCUGGCUGCCAAAUAUGGGCAGACCCAAAUCGUGAGCCAGCUGUUGAAGCACAAAGCAGAUCCUUCUCUCCUGAACUGCAACCAGGACAAGCCCUCAGACAUAGCUGCUAGUGAGCGGAUUGCAGAGAUGCUGAUGAGAGCAGAGGAAUUCUGGGUACAGAGACAGACAGAUCCCUCGGCUCUGCCUCCACAAUCAGAAGAGCACUGCACAGAGGCCAACCAGGACAGCAGCCUGCCUGUAAAGAAACUGUCUACUAUAGCUUUACCCAUCUCUAGGAGGGACAGUUUGUUGGAGAAGGAGGCCAUGUUCAGGGACUCAGGAGGAGCACUGACGCAGCAGCCUUCACUUGAUAACGGGCUGGACGGACCGUAUCCCAGUGCUGCAGGAAAACUUGAGCAGGUGAAACUGAUGCCUCCCGCUCCUAAUGAUGACCUUGCAUCCCUCAGUGAACUCACGGACAGCAGCCUGCUCUACGAGAUGCAGAAGCGCUUUGCCAACGACCAGAUAUAUACUUACAUUGGACACAUUCUUCUGCUCAUUAACCCUUACAAGGACCUACCCAUCUACUCUAAUCUGGUCAGUCAGUUGUAUCUGAGCUCCAGCGGUCGUCUGUGUUCUUCUCUCCCUCCUCAUAUCUUCUCUUCAGCGGAGCGAGCCUAUCACAUGAUGCUGCAGGAGAGACGCCCGCAGUGUUUCAUCAUCAGUGGAGAGAGUGGUUCUGGGAAGUCUGUGGCCUGUAAGCACGUCCUCAAACACCUGGCUGCUCGCUCAAGUCCCAAAGGCUUCGCUUUAGAGCCACGAAUGAAGCAUGUAAAUGUGAUCUUGGAAGCUUUCGGCCAUGCUAAGACUCAGAUGAACUCCUCAGCGAGCCGUUUCAUCAAACUCAUCUCACUGCAGUACUGUGAGAAGAGAAAGACUCUGCUCAGAGGUCAUCUGUACACUUACAUGCUGGAGAAGUCGAGGGUCAUCUGCACCCCAGCGCAUCAGCAGAACUUUAACAUCUUCUACCUGAUGGCCGAGGGACUUUCAGCAGAAGAGAAGAGUAAUCUAUAUCUAAACAAUGUCCUAGCCCACAGGUGUAUGAACGCAGCGGCUCCUGGUGAAAGUCCUGCAGUAGCUACCACGUGUCCUCAGAGCAGAGAGAAGCUCUCGGCCCUUAAGCAGGCUCUGCGGGCCCUCGGCUUUAAUAGACUGGAGGUGGAGAAUUUGUUUGUGGUCCUCUCUGCGCUGCUGCACUUGGGAGACGUGCGCUUCACCGCCCUGACAGACGCUGACACCGCAUUUGUGUCCGACUUGCAGCUGCUGGAUAGAGUGGCUGGAAUGCUGCAGGUGAGCUCUGAGGACCUCGGCUCUGCCCUCACCUCUGAUGUGCAGUGUUUCAAAGGUGAUGUCAUAACAAGGCGCCACACAGUCGACAUGUCCAACCAUCACAGAGACCUCCUGGCAAAAGCUUUAUACGGACGACUCUUCAGCUUCCUGGUCAAUAACAUUAACUUUUACCUCCAAGGCCAUGAAGACAGCAUGGGAGAUCCUGCCCUUGAGAUAAGCAUCCUGGACAUCUUUGGCUUCGAGGAAUUCCACCGCAAUGGUUAUGAACAGCUGUGCGUGAACAUGGUGAAUGAGCGGAUCAGGCAGUUCACCGCAGACGUGCUCUUCCAGCAGGAGCAGCAGGAAUGUCUGCAGGAGGGGGUUGCCAUGGAGACGCUACGCUCCCUCUGCAACCAGACAGCGGUGCUGGACUACUUCUUCCAGAAGCCUCAGGGUGUGCUGUGUAUCGUUGAUGAGGAGAGUCAGUCCCUCAGGCCAUGUGAAGUCAACCUUUAUAAGCGACUGCAGAUGCAGCUGGAUUCCUCCGGUUUGGAUGCCGUCUCCCUCACGACCAAGGAUGGCAACGGGAACCCCCCACCCAAAGACCAGGGGCCAUCGUUUACCGUCACUCACUACGCCGGCAAGGUGACCUAUGACCUCACCGGCUCACUGGACAAGAACAAGGAUGUUCUACCCCAAAACAUCUUGUUUGUUAUGAAAACAAGUGAGAACGUGCUCAUCCAUCAAAUGUUCCAGUGUAAGCUGACUCAGACGGGUUCACUGGUUCCCCACCACCAGCGACUGAAGCUCCGCGGGCCCAAAGGCACUUUGCUUAACAAGAGCACUACCCUAAAUCCUGCCAGAGACGCCAAGAAAUAUGUGGAAUUGAACAAGCUCCUGAAGAAGAAGGGAGCGAUGUCCUUCCUGCAGAGUCUGGAUCGUUGUGGACCGGUCACUGUGGCGGUGCAGCUCAGGAACUCUCUGUGUGAGAUCACCAGUAAGCUGCAAGCAUGUACGCCUCACUUUGUUCAGUGCGUCAGGCCCAACAGCGCCGGAAGGCCUGAUGUGUUCGACAGCUUCCACGUGUCCUCACAGCUCCAGUACGUAGGGGUUCUGGAGAUGGUCCGCAUGAUCCGGUAUGGAUACCCAGUCCGCCUGUCUUUCCCCAGCUUCCUGAGCAGAUACAGAGAGCUGGUGGACACCAUCCUUACUGACAGGAAGAAAGCAUCUGCAGAGGAGAAGUGCCGUCACAUUCUGCAGCAUUGUAAACUCCAGGGCUGGCAGAUGGGGAACAGUAAGGUUUUCUUGAGAUACUGGCAGGCCGAUCACCUUAAUGAUCGCUGCCAUCAACUGCACAGGAAGAUUAUUGUCUGUCAGAAAGUGGUGCGUGGCUGGUUGGCCAGACAAUGUGCGCGGCGCAGGCUCACGUCUCGGCAGCAGGAGCAGUGUAACGUCCAGCGGUUCCUGCAGGGAGCAGAGGACUUGGGUUUGCGGGCUUACGACAGCCUGGUCAUCCAAAACGCAGCUGAUAUUGCACGAGAGAAUGACCGCCUCAGGGGUCACAUCAGUGCUCCGCCGCUGGGCGAGAGACCGGAACCUGUGGGCAAAGAAGAAGACUCGCCCAAGAGGAUUGUUGAAAAAAGUGGGAGGGUUAACGAUGUGGCAGGCCGUGGGGGGAACAGACCACUCCGGCAUUUCCGCUCCAGCUCUGUGCCUCUACCCCUGGUUAUGGACAGCUUGGUACACUCCAGUAUUGGGACAUCAAUCAAAGCAGCCCUUCAGCCUGCGCCACACUCCACUGAGGAGGGAAAUGGAGGGAGCCUCUCCUCCCCACGAAAACAACCUCCUCCCAAACCCAAACGAGACCCUAAUACACGUCUGAGUGCAUCAUAUGAGGCAGUGAGCGCUGGGCUGAGUAUUGCACCUAAAGACAGCCCUGCUGAGGGUCAAGCCUCUCCAUCUGGAAGCCCACCAAAAACUCAACUCUCUCCUUCUGAUCCUCUCUCUAAACCACGCCCUCACAGUGAUGACUACAGCACCAUGAAGAAGAUCCCACCCCCCAAGCCCAAACGCAGCCCUAAUACCAAACUGACAGGCUCUUACGAGGAGAUCUCUGUACCUUCUCCUGCACGGCCCACGGACAUGAAGCUUGUCAGCCUGUUACGAGGCGGCCACUGCCUGGGCCUCAUCCAGCGAGCAGCAUCUGCGGAUGGCCCCCAUUCUUCUGUGCUAAGCUUAUACCCCUGCCAGGAUGAGGAGGAUGUGUAUAUUGAGAUGGUGGGGGCCUCAAGAGCCCUCAGCCUGGCAGAUUCCCACAGUCCAGAACUGGGAGAGGCAGUAUACGAGGAAAUGAAGUACUUCCCACCUGAUGAGGUGGGGUCAGCUCCGGUGGUCAAGCCUGAAACUGUCAAUCCCACUACUGCAACCCUGCCUGCCCCAGUUCUGGAAAUCAAGAGGCCUGUGACUUUGAUGGAGCACUCUGGCACUCUUGGGGGAAAGCAGCAAGGAAAAGAUGGGACGUCAUGUGACAUUCCAGCUCCAUUCCCCAAUCUUCUUCCACACCGUCCCCCACUUCUAGUCUUCCCUCCAUCCCCUGUCACCUGCUCUCCUGCCUCGGAUGAGUCCCCUCUUACACCUUUGGAGGUUAAGAAGUUGCCGGUGUUCGAGACCAACCUCAACUACACCAGCCAGGAUGGAGGUAGCCCACUCUCACCACAGUACACCCGGCAAAGAGCUGACUCCUCACCAAGUCUUUCUGUCCUAAUGCCAGACAAAUCUACGCCACCCUUGACUCCUCCUCCCCCUCCUCCCCCUCCAGCAGCACUUCCACCUCCUUACCGUCCCCCAUCCCACUUCCCCUUUCCCCCUGAACCAAACUUCUUGGCCCUGACCCGUGCAGCUUCUGUGGCUACCACUGAUUCCCCCAAGGUUUCCCAUAAAAUAGGGCACGGUCUGGCAGAGACGCCCCCAAGCAGUACGAAACCUCCCUUCUCCCCAGUAAAGACUUCGAGGCCAGAGCCCCGCAGAGCUCACUCCUGCUCCUCAUCGCCUCUGCUCUUCAACCCUGCCAAUGGGAGACCCCUCACCAGCCCUCUAGACGAGCUCAACACUCUUUUCAGCUCAGGGCGCAGCCUGCUCCGCAAGUCCACCACUGGAAGAAAGAUACGUGACAGUGGACUCUCAAAUUCCAACAUUAACCUGCCGGGUCGAGAGGAUCAAGGCCCCAUCUCUCCGUCAGCACAGUUACAGGACAAAAACGCCAAUAACCACACUUCUCCCAACUCUUCAAACCCUGCCCCCAUUGAGAACGGCAACCAGAUCUCUAAUGGGACGUUGGAAGACGAGGGACAUCCGAAGUCUAAUGCGUCCAGCACCUCAACGUUACACAGGCACAUGGACAGCCACCACACUCAGGUUCUCCAGAGGUCACGUGCAUGUGGGGAUCAGCGGGCCACUCUGCAGGAAUUGUUGCGCUGGCGGAGGAGUGUUUGUGAUGGACGACCGGACUGGCAGAACGCUUGGCUCCACACAAACACCUCACCCACCCUAACAGUGAAGACCAAGAGUCCCCGAAAGAAAUCAUCGCCCUAGAGAUUGUGGUCUCCCUGAGUUAAACCUCAGUUAAACCCCACUCCUUAGGCCCGAUGGCCCUUUUUAUGAUUUGCCCUUCACAUAGGGGUGGCGUCCUCUAAACAGAGCAAGACUCUGAACUCAGGAGAGUAGGGCAUUCGAAUUGGUUCAUGUUCCUCUCUUCACUUCUUUUAAAAGAAUGAAAGGUUCCUUGGAAAAUUGUUUCAAAAUGACCAGCUGGGACCAAAUAACCGUGUCCAACUUUAAAAAAUAUAAUGUCAUUGUCUUGCUAAUAUGAAUCCCAUUUGCAGUUUCCUAAGCAUCAUGCUGUUUUGGAAGAUUUCAUCACAUUGCCUUGAUUGCAACUCAUCAACGCUAUCUUAGGGCUGUGCAAAUGUAUCUCAAUUGUGUGCUAUAGUCUACAUUGUGGGCCAUAUUUUAGUGGUGCUGGUCGCUCCACAUGUGGUUGUUGUUGACUGGGUUGGGUAAAAAGUGCCAGUUCUGUCCCAACUCGAGACACAUGGAUGCGACAGACCUUAAAGUUUACAAGACUUGUGUUGACCUCCUAGGACUAGCCUUGUGAACAAAGUCCUCCUUCAGGUUCAGAGAAGCAGCUACACCUCACGCUUUUUCAGGUGCUUUGGUUACCCUCUAUCAGAGGUGGAAACCAUCACACACAGGUUGUGACCUUACGAAGAGGUCAGGGUUCAGGGAAAUCACAAGUAACAUCACAGGUCCACAACAUUUCCACCAGCUUCUGGACUACAUUCAUUGUUCACGCUAGGCUAAUGUGCGCACAUUUCCGCAACACAAAACCGAAAGGUUUCGCAAGACACACUGUUGACAAACUUGAAGACGCUUGAUUUUUUUGAAAGGUUAAAGAGCACAAUUUUCCAAACACACCUUCAGAUGGAACAAUCAUUGCUAGUCAUGGAUAUUACUGCUGAUGUGACUCUGAAAUUACCCUUAACUGUUUUUGGACUUUUCCUCAAAGGUGCUUCUGUACUAAUGCUGGGUUGUAUGGUGUCAUGUACCUUAGUAGACAACCUAUAAAAACAGCACAUGACCUGUGGUCUCAAGUUGAAGUUUCAAACUAUUCAUCCCUGCAGUCGUUCAUAAUUUGUGAAGGUACACAGAUGCCUCCAGACAGAGGCCUUGAGGCAUUUGGUUUAUCCAUACAGUGUGCAUAUGCAGAUUUAUUACCUGAAAGACCCUGGGUAAAUAUUUUUGGACCUUGAUCACUGGGUUUACAGCAGGAGACCCACCAUAAGCACAGCGCUUUUCUGAGAAUAAGCAGAACUUGACCUUCUGGUUCUGGUUUACUUUGGUUUGACUGACUAGAUGGAUUAUGUACAGAUUAGGAGUGUUUAUUAGCAAAUUAUUGUCUUCAUAGUGGAAAGAUAUCUCUGAAUGUUCAAGGAUGCAAUGACAGAAGGACUACGGUGGUGGGUUUUAUAGUGUGAAUAUUGUUUUAGUACAAAAUGAUUGUUUAUUGUCAACUCUUCAGUCGUAGUCCAUCCCUACAAGACUUCGGCCUACCUUUGAAAUGUAUAAAUAUAUUUAAUGUAUUGUACAGAACAUUUGUGUUUGUGCAAGUACGUUUAAGUUGCACUUUGCCGCAUGUGUUUUGUUUAGGCUUCAUUGCUUCAUGCCUGUGUGCUUAAAGGGUUAGUUCACCCAAAAAUGAAAAUUGUAUUUUACUGUAUUUUACUCACCCUCGAGGCAUCCUAGCUGUAUAAAACCUUAUCAGAAAAAUCCAGUUGGAGUUAUUAAAAAUCAGAGUAAUUAUAUUGAAAUCUUCCAACAUUUUUCUUUACAAAUCCUUUUUGUUUGUAUUUCUAAUUUGUGACUGGCGUUUUGUUUUGUUUUCUCUCCUCACUUGUCACUAAUCACUCAACGCAAUAUGUUUUAUGUCAUUUGACUGAAUGGCUUCUGCGUAUGAUUGAAUUUGAAAUACGGAUAUUUUCUUCUGUAAGACAAAUUUUUUUAUGGAUGUGUGCACUUCAUUUGUCAUCUUGUGGACUGUUUAACAGAAACAACUGCUGACUGCAACGAUAACUUUGAUCGGAUUCAUCUGACAGAAGAAAGUCAUAUACACCUAGGAUGCCUCGAGGAUGUGUAAAACACAGGUUAAUUUUCUUUUUUGGGGUGAACUAACACUUUAAAAAACAAGUUCCCAAAAUGUUACACCUUCAAAAAAGAGCCAAUUCAGUCCCCUUUGACACAAUGAUCCACGUCAAGGUCUUUGGUUUCAGUAUUUGAAUGUAUAUACAUCUGACAAAAACAGCGACUUAAUAUGUAUGGUUUAUACAACCAGUUGUGUUUAAUGAUUGUAUUGAAACAGUAAUUUAUUUUCAGUGUGAAACAUGAACUUAAAUUCAUUCAAAUUAACAUAUUGCAGAAACUAUUUUAAAGCCCAGUUUUGUGAGUCUCUAUAAAUCAUCACGGACAGCUCUAUAAAUGGGCUGAUAAGGCAUUCUGAAUCUCAUAAUUACUUCUAUCUCUUCUCUUCCCAACUAAUGUGAAUAGUCCCUUUCCCCAUUCCAUUGGACGGUGGUUUAAAAGCAUCUUUCACUGCUGUGCAGUUCUGCAGAUCAGAGACGCAUAUUAAAAUCACUGUGCAGGCCAGUGCUGACGGAGACCGGAACUCACUUCCUGGGUUUGAUCCACAGCUGCUUUGCAUCGCUACUGCUUAACAGGGUUACGAUACUAUUAUUUGAAACAUUUAUUUAUUGAAACAAAAAAAUGCUAUUUUAUAAUGUCUAGUAUUGACAUGUCAUCAAUACUAUAAAGCAAAAAGAGAAUGAAAAGAACUGUACAGUAUGAGCCCAUUUUUCUACUCUGUUGUUGAAAAGGGAACGUAUGUUAACGCAUGAGAUCUCUUAUGUACAUGCCCCGUCUGUCUGUUUUCCUGUGCUUAGUCUGAUACAUCGUGGAGAUAUAGACAUCAUUGGAUCAUGCCCUUUGUCUUAACUGGUGCUGUGGAACCAUCCGAACUUGAUGUUACGAACUUCCUCUCACCCUUCAGCCCAACGUGGAUUUAACGGACCUCUUGUUUUGAUGGAAAACAAUGGGCAGAAAUGGUUUGCCCAAGAUCGAUGUGUAGAGAACAUUUCCCAGUGUUGUAGUCGAGACUGGUUUAUUCGAGCCAGAGUCAAAACCAUGUCCAGAAUGGGGUUAAGCUCGGGUCAAGACUGGUUAAAAAAAAAAAAAACAACAUAUUUUUCUCUCUUGUUCUUAACUUGGACUCCACCGUCUUUUGGUCUCGGUUCUCUACUUACGACACUGACGCAUCUCCAUCUUAAGAAAGUGAAAACAAACUCAUUCAGAUUCUUGUGCUUGCUCAGAUACGCAGAGAUCAACAAAAUAUUUAAUUAUCAUGGCUGUUGCUGUCUUUUUUAGUCAAUGUGUUUUAGGUUUUUUCCUUGUUUUUGAUCCUUCUGUAAGUUCUAUAUGAAUAUGCCUAUUACUUCAAUACAUGUUUGUGGGCAAAGGAAAAAAUGUAUGUCUUGGUACAUAUUUUGUUUCAAAAUGUUUUAUAAAAUUCCUGUACAGCAAUAAAGCACAGUGUCAGUCAACUGGCAAAAAAAUAUAGAUAUA